GCAUUACUGGCAAGGAGAGGGUAUUUGGUUCGGAGAACGUUGGGAAGUGGAAGUUAUUCAAAAGUGAAACUAGCUUACUGUUUUGGGAAGGACUUCGACAAGGCGGCUGUCAAGAUUGUUGAUAGAGUCAAAGCACCAAAGGAUUUUCAGACUAAAUUUCUCCCCCGAGAACUUGAUAUCUGGCCAAAGUUAAGUCACCCACAUAUUAUUACCAUGUUAGAUUUUUUUGAAGAUGAGAGAAGAGUUUAUAUGAUUCUGGAAUAUGCUGAUCACGGUGAUGUUUUGAGAUACAUUCAGCGUUCUGGUGCCUUAAAUGAUGCGUUAUCUAAAUGUUGGUGUAAACAACUAGGGGAUGCAGUACGUUAUUUACAUGAUCACAACAUAACACAUCGUGAUCUCAAAUUAGAAAACAUGUUAUUAGAUUCAAAUUAUAACAUUAAAUUGUGUGAUUUUGGUUUUGUCCGUGGUGAAUGUAUGAACACUUUCAGUAAAACUUAUUGUGGUUCUAAAUCCUAUGCUGCUCCCGAAAUUCUCAAAGGAGAACCAUACGAUCCGAAAAAGUCAGACAUGUGGGCGAUAGGUGUUAUUAUUUACAUUUUUAUCACUGGUAAAAUGCCUUACGAUGAAAGUAAAGGAAAUUCGGGUGUUUUAGAAGAACAAAGAGCGUUAGACUUCCCAUGGCACAAAUAUAAGAAGGUUACAGAUGAUAGCAAAGCAGUAGUGAUGUGGCUGUUUGCAAAUGAUUUCAGAACACGACCAACUAUUCAUGAUAUCAUGGGUUGUCACUGGAUUAAA